AUGCUGAAAUCAUUGACGGGCGGUCAGUUUCCCUUCAGUCCUCAAAUUAAAUGCUGUGACUAAGUCGGAGAAGCGAUGACUGACAGGACAGAGCAGAGAGAGAACUAACAUGACAUGAACUUGGAUGCUUUCAGAGGGACAGUGUGUGAGGUAAAACGAUAGGAGAUCUUCAGCUGGACUGAAGUCAAACUAUCUAACAGAGAGAAGGAAGAGGAAACAGAGGCAAAAAAGGGAGAUCUGAAAGGAUAGAAACCUCCACAGAAUUAAAGAAGAAUCAAACAGAGGACGAAAAAAGGGGGAUUGUUGACCUCUUGACCUACAAGCUUCGAUCAGCUUCUUGCAUCAUCAUGGACAAAGAGACUGGAUUUAAUAAUGUAAACGGCUCCUCACAGGUACACACAGAGACAUCCUCACAUUUUAAACUCUCAUACAGACAUUAGGUAUUAUGUUGUAACAAUAGUAGGUGAAAGGAGUAUGUUUAUAUAGUAAGUAUCAUCUCACAGCAGCUCCAUUUAUAGAUCUAAUGGUCUUGAUCAGCUAUUUUAGAAAAAAACAGAUCACUUGUUAUGAACUGACAUGUUUCUAAUUUUUGUACUGACUAAAAAUUCAAUAUUUUGAUGCUUGAAAAUGAUUCGUUUAGUUGUUUAGUUAUUUCCAUCAUUUCUUUUAUUCUUCAGAUGAAUUUUUCCUCUUUGUUCUUCAUGCUCUACUCUUUUAUUCUUGAUAACAAACCCAUUUCAUGCAUCCGAGUUCUGUUCAUGAAAAUUGCAUGACUGAUGGCAACUUUACCAUGUGUUUUUACUUGAUAACACAUAGACCAGUCUACACUCACGUUACAGAGGGUAAUCUGCAUUGUGUACUCUAGAUUUUUAAGCAUCAGCUGAACCUUGAAUUUCUCAUUUUGGAGGGACACAUUGAUUACAUAAUGGGAAGGUUAGCGCUGUUUCAACAGACUUUGGGUCCUCAAAUGCUCUCAACAAACUAUCUGAACUCAAAACCACAGAAGUAGGUGCAUGCGAACACACACACAUGAGCAGACUCACGUGUUCCCACAGCUGCCACAUGCCUGUGACUUUUCACAUGCACAUGCUGAUCAAUGAAUAAAUGAGUAAUUGAAAUUGUUCAAUAAACCAGCUGAUAAACUCUGAAUCAGAGAUGUGCAGAUACAACAGCACAUUAAAGAUAGGCGUCAUGAUCUCAGCUGAUAAAAUUAUGAUAAUUUAUGACAUGUAACUGCUUCAAAGCUCAGAUUUCAGUCAUAUUUUACCAUUGACUGAUCAUUUUGAGUCUUUUGUACAACCGUUAAUGGCUUGUUGCAAUCUUAACUCAAUCAUGCUACAGUAUCUGGUGCAGAAGUGAAGCACUUUUCCUUUUCAAUUUUCUCUAAUUUAACUCAUAAAUCUUUCGUUCUAUAACAAGAGUUUUAUGACUCUUACUUUCUUCUCAGUGUUAAUACAGUUUGUCCUUGCAGGGCUGAUAUGGAUGCAGAUUAAAUGUUACUGCCUCUACGAAACUCAUUGACCCGUCUGCUCCUCUGCUCUCCUCUCAAACAGCAUCAAGACACAGAGUUGUUUUCUUCUGAGGAAGACAGUAGUCUCUACUUUACCUACAGUGGAGGGUGCAAUGAGCUGGAGGUCAGCGACCUGCACUAUGAGGUAACUGACGGGCAGCCACACUCCUACACAAUCACCUUAGCUGUAUUUUUUCAUCCUUCGGCACAUGUCUGGAUAUGUCAAUCAUGCAUCUACUGAUUGGGAAAUUGUAUGCAUUUGUGUGUAACACUUAGGUUGACACAGCAGCUCAGAUCCCCUGGUAUGAGAGGUUGUCAGAGUUCAAGUUGCCAUGGGAGAUAAAAGGAAACAAGCAGACAGCCAUCAACAAGCUCAGCCUCCGAGUUCACAGCGGACAGAUGCUGGCUGUCAUUGGCAGCUCAGGUGAAACAAAUCGCUUCAAAUAUCAAAUAACAUCCAGUUUCAGUAGUUUAUGUAAAAGCCUCUUUGAAUGAUCUCGUGUGUUCAAUGUCAAAUCACUUUUAUCAGCUCCGAUCUAAGACACAUCUACACUUUGAAUCUCUAGCCUCUAACAAAGAAACAAUGAAAACUGUCUCCAUGAUUCUGAGAACUUAAGAAAAGAAUCUUUAACGUUUGGAGACGCAAAAAAAAAAAAUCUGAACUUAUUAAGAGAUCCUAAUACAGAUUUCGACUCCUGAAGUGAGACAUUUUUCUUCUUUUAGGUUGUGGUAAAACAUCUUUGCUGGACAUAAUAACGUGCCGUGAUGAGGGGGGCACGAUGACAUCUGGUCAAGUUCUGAUUAACGGACAGCCAAACACUCCUCAGCUGGUGAAAAAGAACAUCGCUCAUGUCCGCCAAGAUGAUCGCCUUCUCCCUCAUCUUACCGUCCGGGAAACUCUCUCCUUUGUUGCCAAACUGAGGCUUCCUACACACUUCACACAGGCUCAGAGAGACCAGAGGGUAAGGUUUCACUUCAUCCUGUCACUCCCAGCUGAAUGCUGAAUAGAAAAAAUAAAAAGUUGUUAGUCUGGAGUGUAUGUUAAAGAGAUCCCAGCAUAUGUUGCUUCAAUUUUUGAGAAGGUUCUUAAUCCCUGUCAAGUCAGAAAGCAUAGAGACAAGAAAAAGUGCCAGUAAGUUCACCUUCUCCUCCUUUAUGAGGCUGUUUUAGUCACAAAGAUUCACAAAACACAAAGAUCUUACUUAUAAGUGACAUAAACGUCCCGACUGUUUGCUCUGCUCUGUUUGCAGUAUACUGUGUAAAUCCAUGAUAUAUAUUUUUUUUACUUUCAAGCAGACAUGCUUAUUCAGAAAAAAAGGUUUUGCACUUUAACUAAAUGACUAAAAGUCUUGUAAGUUUUAAACAACAGACUGUCCCUGUAAAGUGCUGGUAUUUUUUUUUUAAUUUGUCACAGGUAGAUGAUGUCAUCGCAGAGCUGCGUCUACGACAGUGCGCUCACACCAGGGUGGGAAACGACUAUGUGAGGGGAGUUUCUGGAGGAGAGAGGAGGAGAGUCAGUAUAGCUGUCCAACUUCUCUGGAACCCAGGUGAGAGAAAAUUGUCAAAGCAAUGUCAAGGACUUAUUUGUGUCCAGUUUGGCUCCCCCGAAGACAUCGUACACCUAAUACCUUUACUAAUGUUGUCAUUUACAUAUUUAAAUUGUGUUUUCUUACAAAAAUUAUGUCUUCUUACUAGACGAUAUACUGUUAGUAACAGUUUCGCUUCUUUUAACAUGAGGCUUGAAUUUUCAUCACAAAAUCACUUAUCAGAUUAGUUUUGUAAAUUUAAAGAUGUGCCAACCACAGGAAAGGUGAACAAAGACAAGUCAAGCCAUUAUGAUAUUGUCAUUUAUGGCUAAAGAAUUCAACGGCUGUGUUUCAGGAUUUACAUUUCUUAAAAAUAUUAUUAUUAACAUGAGGCUUAAAUUUUCACUGUAAAAAACACAAAAUCACUUAUCAGAUUAGUUUUCUAAAUUACCCAAAGAUGUGCCACCCACAGGAAAGGUGAACAAUGAGAAGUCAAGCCAUGAAUAAACAACAGAUGUGUAAUUAAUCACAUGAAUCAGAGUUUAAACACAUUUUUUAUGAUAUUUUAUGAUCAGACAAAAUGAUUGAAAACAACAGUGGUGUUUCAUUGAUCGCUGUAUUGGUGCUUUUACAUUUCAGGGAUUUUAAUCUUGGAUGAGCCGACGUCAGGUUUAGACAGCUUCACAGCCCACAACCUUGUGAUCACACUGUCCCGUCUGGCCCGGGGAAACCGUCUGGUCCUGUUGUCUGUCCACCAGCCUCGCUCAGAUAUCUUUCAGCUCUUUGACCUUGUGGUCCUGCUGUCGUCUGGUUCAGCUGUUUACUGCGGCCCCGCUCGAGACAUGGUGCCCUACUUCACUGCUUUAGGAUACCCCUGCCCACGAUACUGCAACCCUUCUGACUUCUAUGGUUAGUGUGUGGAAAUGAAGUCCAAACCCUCUUUAUCUGCAUCUGUCUUACUUCAAACCACGGUGUCAAAUGUGACCCACUCUUGUUCAUAAGACUCAUUUUGUUGGUACAUUUGUGUUUGUGUAGUUGAUCUGAUCAGUAUAGACCGACGCAGUCCUGAGCGUGAGGCUGAGUGUUUGGAGCGGGCCACGGUUCUGGCUCAGCAGUUCAGGGAAAAGGUCCAAGACACAGACGAUCACAUGUGGAAACCUUUGACUGAUGUAGCACAGACAAAAACUGAAAGGUAGCAGCAUGUCUUCAUAUCUUUAUUCAAGAGGUUCACCCUUUAUUAUUUUCACUUUAUGGGAUACUGAGAAUCUCAUCUACAUUUUCUAUCCACAGCCCUCAGCAGCUGAGCCAGACAAGAGAAGAGGAAGUGAUCACUAUUUCAGAAAGAGCAAACAAACUGCCUGGCCGUCUACACCAAUUCACAAUCCUCAUCAGGUAUGGACAGCACACAUGGACUGAUUACAGCUCUCACACAGACACUCAUCUACCUGUCCUCUUUCUCAGGCGACACAUGUACAACGACUUCAGAGACCUGGUCACCCUACUGGUCCAUGGCUUCGAAGCCCUCCUCAUGUCACUGCUGGUCGGUUGUCUGUACUACGGGGCGGGAGAAGAUCGUCUGUCCAUUCAGGACACGGUGGCUCUCCUCUACAUGAUUGGUGCGCUCACUCCAUUUGCUGUGGUGCUGGACGUCAUAGCUAAAUGUAAGUAAAGCAAACUUGAAGAAGGCAUUUUCCUUUCUGAGAACAGUUUUAGCUUAAAUACAAGAUUGAUGAUAAGUUGAGAACAAGAUAAAUAGAUAGUUAGAAAGUAAAUGAAGAGUGUUUAAAGUUUUGACAGCUUUUUUAACGUUGUACCCUCACUUAUUCAUAACUAUUCUGCGCUUUGCAGCUACUUUUCUUCAAUAGUUGACAUGUAGUAGUGGUGUGCUUAUCGAAGACUUAUCAGAUACCUAAAUGACGCCCUGUUCCUUCACUCCGAGUAUAAUCAGUCCCAAUAUUGCUUAGAUAGAACGACUGAUCCUGGCACACAGCCACCAAGAGACAAUAUUUAGUAAGUUCAAGGCCAACAAAAGUUAUAAAGUUUUUUCAAAGUUCACUUCUGACUUACACACUGUACUUCCAGCCUGAAGAGACUAAAUACAUAUGGAAAACCUUUGGAAUCACAGUAAAAAUACCUGCCUGCUGCAGCUUCAGAGUCUGAACAACUUGUGAUUAUUUUUGCUGAGUGGAUGUUUAACAUACAGUAAAAAAAGAAGAACUAUUUGAGUCUUGAAGGACAUCAGGGGAUGUUAAGUCUUUAUGUUCCCUGCAGGUCACACAGAGAGAGCGAUGCUGUACCAUGAGCUGGAGGACGGCAUGUACUCUGUCACCUCUUACUUCUUUGCCAAGGUAACCCACAGUGAAAAUGAGAAUGCUUCUACCAGCAGGGGGCAGUCUCACUCCAUGCUGCAAACACACCAGCAUAAUUACAACCACAACUGUGCCUCUUUGUAAUUUGGUGUUAAAUGGUGUAAAGGUUUUCUUGUGUGGGACUUUCUGGUUGUUUUUUCUCUUUAAAUGAAUAUGUUUUCGUUUUCAGAUCCUUGGGGAGUUACCUGAACACUGUGUGUUCACUUUGGUGUAUGGCCUGCCCAUCUAUUGGCUGGCCGGGCUGAACGAGGCUCCUGAGCGUUUCCUGCUUAACUUCCUACUGGUGUGGCUGAUGGUUUACUGCAGCCGGUCCAUGGCUCUGUUUGUGGCUGCCUCCCUGCCCACUCUGCAGACCUCAGCCUUCAUGGGAAACGCCUUGUUCACUGUUUUCUAUUUGACCGGAGGGUUUGUCAUCAGCCUAGAGAACAUGUGGCUCGGUGAGAAUGAUUAAUGGGAAAGUGUGUAUAGAGAAUAAUAUGCUGCACAGUAUGUGAUGUGAAUACUUAUGCAUAUGUUUGACUCCUCAGUGGCCUCAUGGCUCUCGCACAUCUCCUUCAUGCGUUGGGGUUUUGAAGGCAUGCUGCAGGUGCAGUUCAAAGGCAACAAGUAUCCCAUUACCAUUUCAAACAUCACCUUUAAUGUGGACGGCAUAUAUGUGAGUUAAAGUUACACCAAUACAAAAUCACUUUUUUUUUUUUAUUUUGUUAAAUUUUGGAUCAUCAUUGGCAGGACAAAGGUUGAACUUAAUCCAGGAUAGCAACUAUUUUCAAAGUAGACUAAAUAAACAGCACAGCUAAAAUCAAAGUGUUCAAAACAUCUCUCUCCUCUGUUUGUCUUUCAGGUGGUGGAGGCCAUGGAUAUGAAUCAGUACCCUCUGUACUCAUGCUAUCUGGUGCUGCUGGCAGUCUGUCUGUGCUUCAUGGGGCUUUAUUACUUAUCUCUGAGAUUCAUCAAACAGAAGUCCAGUCAGGACUGGUGAACACCCACAGACCAGCCUCUGACUAUCAGGGUUCGACUAAGAAGACGUGUUUAAUUUUGUGGCUGUAAAAGAUGAGUAAUCUUGGCUCUAGUUCGACUGGUUCGAAACUCUGUGCUUUCUGAUUUUUCCUUAUUUUUUAUUAGGAUUUUUUGGUAAAAAAAAAAAAAAGUAAGAUUUACAUUUUGAAUUCUUCCCACAUUUUUACCAUAAUUUCAAACUUGAGAAAACUCCUGUGCACUUUAAUGGUAGACUUAACUACCCUGAUACUGCAGCAGGGUGAAAGACUUCAUGCUAUGUAAAAUGAUUUUAACAUACACAAAUGUAAAAAGUUUCGAUAUGAAAUUAAUAAGAUUUUGAUUUAGAAGCACUUGUUGCAGUACCUCUAGCUGCUGCUGGGUGGCAGCAGAGCACUGCGGUAUUUAAAAAUGAUUUCAUUUUUUUCCUCUUUUCUGCUAUUUCCUGGUAAAUGAUAAGAGCACUACUUGGGCAGAUAUCCAUCUGUAGAUUUUACUUGUUCCUUUUUCAAUCUUCUGUUUUUUUUUUCCCCAACAGAUUAAUCUUUUGUAUAUGUAAGGUUAUUUAGCUUUACAGUGUGUGUCAGUAUAGGAAGCUCUGAAAAAAAGAGCCUAGUAGAGAUUUAUAUAGUCACACUCAGAAAAAAAAGAGCUUGUACUUGUGUUCUCAUAGAUUGGAGAUUAUGUAAACUGUAUUUUUUUUUUUUGCACUGGUGCAAAAGCCUGAUAAAUGUUUGACUGACAUGAUUUGAGUCUAAAUUGGUAAAGUAUUAAAUCAAAUCGCUCCCUUUUAAGCAUGCCCAUUUUUGUCAUCAUACUGUCUGCUAUCCUUUUGGCCUCGUCUUUUGGCUGUGUGGUGUAGUUAUUCACAGACAUGCAAUUUCAUAAGCUCAAAUAAAAUGCUGAUAAAACAAGUCUUUUAAUCGUGUUUAUCCGUCA